AUGCAGCGCCUGCUUGGUUUAGCUGUGACUGCAACCAGCACAGCGAUGCCCUGGCUGGGACGGAAGCCACUGCACCGUUCUCCUGUGCUGCUGCUGCUGCUCUCGCUGCUGCCGCCCGAGGGCGCCCUGUCCUCGGUCCUGGAGCGCAGCCCCGGGCAGCUGAGACCCCCAGGGUUGGAGACCUCUAGAUUCUGGGAGUUGCACAAACAUUACGAGAAACUGAUGAAGCAGCUGCACGUCAACCAGAGCUGGGAAGAGGUGAGCUCAGGCUCCAACACCGCCGCUUUUGUCUGGAUCCUGACCCCUGAAUUGCGGCUCAGUCCCAGCGGUCAUUCGUAUCUUCGCAUCCCCAGAGCAGCCCUUCCAGUCGGGCACCCCGCCGUCCCCCGCCUGCACCAGGCUCUGCUGCGGCUGUCCCCGACGACGCCGAGCCCGCGCGAUGUGACGCGGCCGCUGAAGCGCCUGCUCGCCCAUGGGAACUCUGCGUCACCUGUGCUACGCCUGCCGGCACCGCAGCCGUGGGACCUGGAGCUGGCUGCCCAGCCCUCUACCCAUGCCCACCUGGAACUACACCUACGAGCGCACGCCGCCAGGGGACGCCGCAACACGCAUGCGCGCACCGCGGAGGCCUGGGUGGCGGGAGCCACGAAUUGCUGCGGCGUGCAGAGCCCGCGCGUGACGCUCGAAGAGCUGGGCUGGACCGACUGGGCGCGAGGGCCUAAAGAGCUGAACUUGCGCGCACGCGUGGGCGCGUGCCCGCCCCGCUCCCGCUCAGUAAGUGCGCACGCGCGAAUCAAGACGCGCCUACAUAAUCUGGACCGAGAUUCUUUCCCUGCUCCAUGCUGCGUGCCCUCCAGCUUCGAGCCAGUGGUGCUCAUGCACCGGGACAGCAAUGCCCGCCUGACACUCACUUCUUACAAAGACAUCCUCGUCAAGGACUGCCACUGCGCGUAA